AUGGGGGUGAAAUGGUGGUUCUUCUGUGUAUUAUAUCAGACAAUCAUCACUACAUCUUCUGGUACUUUUAAAUUACCAUUCGCAGAUGUAGAAGCACUACCACUAUCAAAGACUGCAUCAUCAAUUCCAACAGAAAAUGGAUUACCGCAGCUAUCAUCACCAAUUAAUCCGAAAUUAAGAAAAGCUUUAUUGGAAUAUUUUAAACUAAAAUAUUUUGAAACGAACCAGCAAUCGUCUAAUAUGGAUGAAUGUUCAUCACCAGCAGUUGUUUCAUCAUUUUCAAGAGUUCUACCUGUUUCGACGAUUGAAACUCAGACGGUAGAUGAUUUAGUGAACAUUAAACAACAAAAUAGUGUUUUGCUACCAACAUCGCCAUACACAUCUGAUGCCCUAAUUAAGCCAAAUACGUAUACCGAAACUUUAACCCCAUUAAAUAAUAAAGUAAAACUUACUUCAGUACCAACAGCUCAAAGUAUCUAUGAAAGGGUAAUACCAAACGAGAUCCCAUUACCUAGUAUAACGUCUUUACCAAUAAUUUCUUUAGAAUCAUUAAAAAGAAACAUCGAAACUUUGAAUCCAUCAUCUAACAAUAAAAUAUAUUUCGGUGGUUAUUCCACCAACAAUCCACUUUAUAAUGUACCUUAUCCUUUGCAUUACAAUCGACAGUCAUUACCAGAUGUCAUAACUCCUACUGAUUUGAUUCUUUCAAAUUUGAAUCCAAUAAAUAACGUACAAAAUUUAAGAUCGAUUUCUUCUAAUACGUUAAAAAUAAUAAAUAGCUACCCAAAUGCAUAUCUCCCUACUUCCUCACAAGGGUUUUACGCUCUAAAUUUAGCACCACAAAUUUCAGCUCUGAAUAAUGAAAACUUAAAUUCAUUCAUCCAACACAGUGUGCCAGAAGUGCCUCCCUUGGUGUCAACCUCCCCAAACAGAUUCUUAGAAAGACAACAGUAUUAUUAUUUGAAUCAACAAAAACGUGACAGAAAAAUAGAUCCAUUGUACGAACGAACAUUAGUACCCCUUCCGUAUCUUAGAAACUGUGAUAUUUCUUAUUUAUCUGGUUUCAAUUUAGGAAAUCCUUAUUACCCAACGAUUCCCUCAUAUGCAAUGUUACGGACAUUGCCUGAACCAAUUAUACCAGAAGCAAAUCAGUAUGGUUUCAAAAUUAAAGACUUAAAACAUGAAACGUUGCCUUUAUCGGUCAAUGAAUUAAAUGCAAAUAUUAAUAAUAUGAAUUAUGAUUUUUCUGAUAACACUCAGCCAACCAUCGAUAUAGUAAUAGAUACGACUAUUCAUUGUAAUAUUCCAGAAAAUAUUGAGGAUUAUAUUACAGGUAUAAUAUCAGACCUAGAUCUACCUGAAAUUUCUAAGGAAAUACCGAGUUCUAUAUCCAUUCAAGUAACACCUCAUGAAAAUAAUGUUGACAUUUCUUCCUUGGCCUUACCUAUAGAUUUAUCAUUCUUAAAUGGUAAUGAAAAUAAAGAACCUCCUGUUUUAUACCAAAAUAGUAUAUCUGACGUAUGUAGUCUCACAACAAUAAAUUAUCCCCCUAAAUUACCACAAUCUGCAUUUCCUGCAACUUACAUAAACACUUCGCCUACUUAUGGUCUUUCUCAAAUAUCUGCCAAUGCCGUAUCUUCACUUAACAAUGUAGUAUCUUCAUUAACACAAACUAUUUUAAACUCUUUUAUUUCUUAUUUAACAUCUGCUCAAUCACAAGUAACAAAAACAGUUUGUCCUAUUCCUUACACUACAUCAUCAUUUGAUUUUUAUAAAACUAACUUAAUGAAGCCUUGUGUACCGCAGUAUCUAUACACUUCUACAUUUUCCCCCUCAAAUUCAUAUUCUACAACCACAUUCUCACCUUUAGAAAAACAAUUUUAUAAUGAAAUACUAUCAACAACUACUAAUACGUAUUCAAAUGACUUAACUGCAACAACAUCAGUUACAUCUUCACCACCACUUAAAGUCACUUUACUACCUCCAACGUCGUUUUUGGAUUAUUUACCAUCACAGCCUUGUCCAUCUACAUUACCUUUGCCAACUUUACCUUCUUAUUUAGACAUAUCAUCACCUUUUACACCCAAACCUCAAGUUUUUAAUGUGAAACCUUUAGAUAGAAGAGCUAAAACUGUUGAGAGAUUAUUAGACAUGGUAUUUCUGGCAGAAUUAUUGCACGGAGAGGGAUACAUUGAUUGGGAUGCGUUAGAUACCGUGUUAGCAAUAUUGUAUGCAAGUUAA